AACUCCCUAAUAUCAUAAGUGUUUGCCCUUCCCCAACAAUAGCUAUCCACUGCGCUGGCUCAAGAUCCGGACCUGUCACUAUGUUCUCCAAAUCCGCAUGCCCUCCAGUAAUUCUGGCAGCACCUUUCUCGCUUUGCUGCUUUACUAGAACUGCGCAUAACUUCCAAUCCUUCCAAAUUUCUGGCGGUUCCGGAAAUUCGAAUCGUCCUUUCCCGGAUCUGUCUUUAGGAUCGAUACGAAUAUCUUUGUCGGUGGAAAUCUGAAGAAUUCUGGUCAUCCGUGACGUGUAUAACUUUUCUUUUCCUCUCCAUAUUCCCCCUUGGAGAAUCCGUCGACAUCAUAAUGUGUAGAACUAGCACCUUCUUAAAUGAUGCGAGAGGCCGGUUGUCGCUGGUCGAUGGCUUGCGCAGCUCAAUUAUGGCGACUAAAGAGUGCUUCUCCGAACGAUAUAUAUACAGCUCAGUGCGCACAGCGCAGAGGCGUGGGAAAUUUCGUUGCAGUCGUGACGAGUUAGAGGGUGGCGUAGUAUGUAUAGAUAGAGGCCUGACGCAAAGUUCCUUCGCAGGAUACGCAAAACCCAAUACUGCCAAGCGCACUUCGUUGUGUGUUGCGACCGUGUCGUCUUGUGACGGGAGAAGCCAGUUAAAAAGCUCUGUUGGUUGGCAUCAAGGCGAUGUCAUCAUUUAUAAGUCUCUGGUUAGGCUUGCUGCAUCGAUGUACGAUAGGAGGCAAUUUGACGUCGUUGUGAAGCUGUUGAGGGGUUGUUUUAGUAGAUUUCGUAUAUUUUUUGCAAGCGGGGAUAACCCGUCGCGGCUUAGUAAUAUUUCCAUGACCUGCCGUAGUGCUAUCAAAUUUCAAAGAACAAAUGGUAUUAAAAAGGAGACGAGCAAAGGCAGAAUUGAGCUUAAUAACAUGUAUAAGAGAGAGAUAUAAGAAGAAAUGAAACGUUUACAAAAUGGCACU